AAUAGAAAACGGGAGCGGGGUCCCGGGACUAGAAGAAACGGCGGCCGGGAGGGGGCUACGGGAUCAUGGGGCUUCUGACCAUUCUGAAGAAGAUGAAGCAGAAAGAGCGAGAGCUGCGGCUGCUCAUGCUUGGCUUGGACAAUGCUGGCAAAACAACCAUCCUCAAGAAGUUCAAUGGAGAAGAUGUGGACACCAUCUCCCCAACACUGGGCUUCAACAUCAAGACCCUGGAGCACCGCGGAUUCAAGCUGAACAUCUGGGAUGUGGGUGGCCAGAAGUCUCUGCGCUCCUACUGGAGAAACUACUUUGAGAGCACGGACGGCCUCAUCUGGGUGGUGGACAGCGCCGACCGCCAGCGCAUGCAGGACUGUCAGCGAGAGCUGCAGAGCCUGCUGGUGGAGGAGCGCCUGGCUGGAGCAACCCUCCUCAUCUUUGCCAACAAGCAGGACCUGCCUGGAGCACUGGCCUGUAAUGCUAUUCAGGAGGCCCUGGAUCUGGACUCCAUCCGCAGCCACCACUGGCGCAUCCAGGGCUGCAGUGCCGUCACAGGGGAGGAUCUGCUGCCUGGCAUCGACUGGCUCCUCGAUGACAUUUCCAGUCGUGUCUUUACUGCCGACUGAGCUUCUUCAGUGUCCCCAGCUCACUGUCUAGGUCCCUGUCCUCCUCAGACACUAGCCAGAGGGAUGAGCACCAGCUGGCCAGACUAACACAACCCACCGUGACCUGCUGCUGCUGCUGCUGCCCAUUGCUGCUCCCCCCGGGUGGGGCUAUCAUCCUGUCUCCCAAAGUGGCCUGCAGUUGCCAUGCCAAAAGGAAAGGCUGGGCUGGGUGGGACUACUGGCUGCUGCCAGGGUCCUGGGUGUCGCCUCGCCUCUGUCCAGCAGUGAGAAUAAAGCACUCCUCACCCAGUU